GGGUAAUUGACGGAACAGAGCAUGUUUGGUGGUAGGUGUUUCCAAAAAGUGUAGGUUUGACCAAAUUAUUAUUUGAGAAGCGGAAACAUAUUUGGCAAAUAUGUUCAGUAUUUGCAAAAACAAAAAAAUAUGUACUUGAACAUAUUUGGUGAAUAUGUCCGUCUUCCUAUUGGCCAAUAAUAUUGGGCGCGGAUCACCAUCUUGGAUUGCCAUUUGAAGGGUGUAGAUUGGCUUUUACUUGAGCAGAUUUGAUGAAUACGUACAUAUUAAAUAAAUAUAUUUGUGAACAUAUUUGAUGAAUAUGUCUGGCUUCCUAUUGGUCAUUUGAAGGGUGUGGAUCAGCUUUUACUUGAGCAGAUUUGGUGAAUACGUACGCAUUAAAUAAAUAUAUUUUUGAACAUAUUUGGUGAAUAUGUCCGGCUUCCUAUUGGCCAAAAACAUUGGGUGUUGAUUGCCAUCUUGGAUCGCUAAGCGAAUGGCGUGGAGUGACUUCUACUUAAGCAGAUUUGGUGAAUCUAAUUAAUAUAUUGCUCAACAUAUUUGGUGAAUAUGUCUAUUCUCCUAUUGGUCAGAAUAAGUUGGCUCGGAUCUCCAAUUAUUCGCACAUAUUUGGCGAAUUUGCUCUAUAAAAUCCACCACAAAUCACCCUUCACAACACAUCUAAUCGCUCCAAUUUAUCUCUUCUCAGAAUUUCGGCUAUCUCCUUAAUCUUUUUUAGUUUAAUUUAGUUAUUAAUUUAAUUAUGUUACUUAGGAAUGAAAUUAGUCUAUAAUAGUGUUAAUUUUUAAUUGUUACUUAGGAACCUAUCAAAAAAAGUGAAAUAGGAAACUUACCAAAUAUUGAUUUAUUUACAAAAUAGGAAAUAUUAGUUUUAAUUUACCGAAUAUGUAUGUGUAAAUUUAGUAAUGUGCAUGUUAACCUUAUUUUUAAGUAAGUGUAUUUUUUUUGAAAUACACGUAGCAUUGUUUAAUUGAAAUAAUAGUAGUGCAGUAAAUUAGGUUUAUAGUUAAUUGAAUUAUAGUAGUGUUGUUGUUGUUUAAUUGUGUUAAUCUGAAAUACAUGAUCUCUAGUUAAUUGAAACAUUAGUGUGGUUGUUUAAUUAGGUGUAUUUUUUGUAUUACAAAUUGUAUUAUAAGUAGUGUUGUUUAAUUGAAGCGGCAAAGGCGGACAAAGUUUCGGUGGGAGGAUGUUUAGUCCUUCUACAACUCUGAGCAUGGGAGAGGUUGCCGAUGGUUUGACCCCAAGGGGUUCUUCCACCGGAACACUUAUUCGAUUUGCCCUACGGUGUGGGCUUGUUGGCAUAACUGGUCGGACACUAGCAGAUUCACUGUACGCAUUUAUAGGGACCAAGUUGACCGAUUAAGGGAGUGGGAGGCUUUACUCCCGUUCAUCUGCAAAGAGGUUAUCUUCAUCGCCACUCCGCCUCACCAUCCCAAGCCGUUAUUGCCGUACCGGUCGUUGUUCCGCGUUGCCUCUCCUCCAGAUCUCCGCCUCGCCUCGCCUCACCGUCCAGAUCUCCACCUCGCCUCGCCGUCCAGAUCUCUGCCUUGCCUCACCGUCCAAGUCGCGGUUCAACUCCGCCGGCGACCUCCCCCUCAAUCUCCUCCGCCGCUGCCGCCAUGCCUCUUGACGACCUCUCAAAGCAGUUUCAUCACUACAAACUUCGAACCAUCUCUUUUCUUUCCUGCUCUGCAAUCAAAUUAUUGUUAUCAAAAUUUAUUGUUUAUUUAUUGUCUACUUAUUGUCUAUGUAUUGCCUGAUAUUGAGUUAUUAUUCGAAAUUAUUGUCUGUUUACUGACUACUUAAUGUUUAGUGUUUGCAAGUUUGAUUUUGGAUUUGGGUAAAAGCAUGGCAGAGCGUGUCUGCGGCAGUGACCUCGCCGGAGCACGGCUGCAGCAGCUUUGCCGGAGGACAGAAGUGUGGCCUCGUUGGAGGCCUGUGACAGACUCGCCUGAGGUGCAGGCAGAUUCACUGGACGAGGCUGUAAAAUAGGACGGUACGGGCAGAUUCACUAGACGGCGGCUCCCUAACAGUGACGGCGGCUCCCUGACGGUGACAGCAGCGACGGCUCCCUAACGACGGCGGUGGCUCCGUGACGGCGACGGCGGCGGCUCCAUGGAGGUGGCGAUGACAGUAGCUCUGCGGAGGAUGCAGCGGCUGGGGGUGUGGGGCUACGGAUCAAGUCCAGGAUAUACCAGACCCGGUGAUUCAUAACGACUGUCACCAUGCUAUCUGACCACGGAACAGUGCUGACUUUAUUGCAUAAUGGGAGGAUUGAUGGCAAAAAUUAUAUUUGUUUGACUCGACUAGAGUGGGAUUCACUGAUGAGUACCGUCAUUGGUUCCAUUACAUGGGAAAGAUACACAUUAACAACCCCUCACAGGACCGUCCUAGAACCAGUUUUGUUCCAGCUCAUCCAGAAUCGCCUAUCACGACUCAAUGUUUGGAAGAAGUUGCUCGGAAAAUGCGUGACAGAGGUGACCCUCGAGAUUAUCCGAUGCUGGAGCGAAUCGGGAAUUGUCUAAGGCAAAUAGGCGCAAAAGAAGUGAUGAAUCACGACAUAAUCACAUUUCAAAAUGUUGAUGAAGGACAUGCAUCACCCGAUGGUCAUGGCCAACUGAGCAGACCCACGAGAUAUGGGUUACAUGAUGAUGAUACAUAUCAUGAUACACCCAUGGAGCUCCCAUCCACGGUUGGUAGUUCCUAUCACGCACAUGAAGUUCCCGAACAUCAGUAGUGGGCCGAUUUUAAUUGGGCUGAUUUAUUUGGCAAUGAUCACUUCAGUGGAGCGACCGGCGGUGCAGGGCCGAGCUCACAAUAUUAGUUUAUAAUAUGAGUAUUAGUGUAAUAGUAUUAAUAUUAAUGUAAUACUACUCUGUAUCUCAUUAAUUGCAACAUUGGAAUAUAUAUAGUAUUCAUGUACUUUAUGU